CUUGUGUAACAGAUUCAGCAGCUUGAAAUGCUGAACUCCUCCUCCUCACCAUCAUCUCACUGGGCGCAUCUGCAGGCUCCAGGAGCAGAGCGAUAUGAGUUCACACGGAUACAUUUUAACUUAGCUUUUCUUCUCUGCUCACUGAAUAGCCUUCAAAUAGAGAUGAAGGAUAUUUAAGUUAAAGACAGGUGGCAACCCGGCUCAUUUGAAAUAUUAACUUUGUCACAUUAAAUCUCCUUUACUUCAGUUCAUAAUGGGAUUACGCAUAUUUGGCACGCCGCUUUACGCAUAUACGUGCGUCUAUUUUUUUGUUUUCAUCCUGCAAGCCCAGUCUCAGAGGGAUCCGGGGACACAACAAGGAGAUAACCAAAGAGCGGCUCUCCGGCAAACGCUACAAUGGUCACACAACGGCAAGAUUUUUAGCAUUUUAAGCCAGGGUUCGGAGUAUCAACCACCGAGGCGGAGGGGCGCACCUCAGGAGCAAGUGCAGGCGCGACCUGUCACCAUCAUUCGUGAUGCGGACGUGAGACAUCCGGACACCUCGAACCAGCCGGUGGCCCAGCAGCAGCAGCAGCCUCCCCGGCCGGCGUCAAACCAUCACAGCCCCGGCGGUCUCCCGCCUCCGCUCCAAAGGCUCGUGAGAGGGCACGAGCACCGCCAGCAUCACCAUGACCGCCCCGGUGAGCGCACUGGGACGCAGAGGAGCAGCAAUGGGACCCAGGAAAAGGUCACUGUCGGUCCGCCUCUGCCCAGGAGAGAAGACAUGAUGGUCGGCGAUGAUCCCUACGACCCCUACAAGUCCACUGAUAGUGAUAAUCCAUAUUACAAUCAUUAUGACGUUUACGAGAGACCGAGGCAGAGAUCGAGACCCGGAUAUGGUACAGGUUAUCAUCAGUACGGUCUGCCUGAUCUUGUACCUGAUGCAUACUACAUUCAAUCCUCUGCUUAUGCCCAGAGAGUCCCAAUGUACAACCUGAGAUGUGCAGCUGAGGAAAACUGUUUGUCAAGCUCAGCCUAUAGAUCCAGUGUUAGAGACUAUGACACCCGUAUGCUGCUGAGGUUUCCUCAGAGAGUCAAGAACCAGGGGACAGCAGACUUCCUCCCCAGCAGGCCACGUUACUCCUGGGAGUGGCACAGCUGUCACCAGCACUACCACAGCAUGGAUGAGUUCAGCCACUAUGAACUUCUGGAUGCCAGCACUCAGCACUCGGUGGCUGAGGGCCACAAGGCCAGCUUCUGCCUGGAGGACACUUCCUGUGACUACGGCUACUACAGGCGAUUUGCCUGCACCGCACAUACCCAGGGCCUGAGCCCAGGAUGUUAUGAUACCUACAACGCAGACAUUGACUGCCAGUGGAUUGACAUCACAGAUGUGAAACCUGGAAACUAUAUCCUCAAGAUCAGUGUAAAUCCGUACUAUCAGGUCCCAGAAUCAGACUACAGCAACAACAUCGUGCGUUGUGAUGUUCGCUACACUGGCAACUACGCCUACUUGUCAGGUUGCCACAUGUCAACGUAUUAAGAGAUCACAGCAACUCACCGAAGAUGUUCUGUAAAUGACAAUGAAAAGGACUGCAUAUGAAAACAUAAAACAUCAUGAAGUUAAUUUUAAAUUGUUAGACAUACAUUUUAUAAUUUAAAAUACUCACAAUUUAGAAGAAAAAUCAUCUGAAGUAUAAUGCCAGAUAAUGUGGAAUUCUUCUCUGAUUGUGUGGGGAAGCAGUAUAUUCUUAUUUCAUCUUUUCUUUGGGAUAUUUUUAAUUUCUUACUUCUAUUGCAUUGUACUGUAUGCUUACGUUUCAUACCACUUGUAAGAUAGUUAAAGAAUAAAAUCAAUGAAAUUUAGAAGCUUAGAAUAGCAAAGUACAAACGUAAACCAGCUUGCCCUGAUUGUUAAGUCAAUAUCAAUUAUAUCACAAUUUUAAAAUGAACCAGUUGUUUAAAGAAAAAUAUAUUUGUUAUAUUUAUAAGCAACGGAAGAAAUUCUUUUUACUCCUUUUGGUGAAACUUAGUUGAAUUAAACGUUGCGAAACUGUA